GAUCCGGUUUCAUUUUUAAUAAAGCUUUUCCUUGUUUUUUCGACCUUUGCGGGAGGAUUGAUCCGUCGCAGCUCCGAGCUUUGCUCGCGGACUCGGACGUGAAGCUGAAACUGCGAGAUGCGACAGUUUGAGGAAAGUUUUUGAAGGGAGCGCGUUUCUUACGCACAUGUUCCAGGUGUUUUGGUGCAUCGGGGGAGAAUAUCAGACUGCUUUACUGACAUCAUGCAGCCGCUGAGUGCAACUGUUCUGCCCUGUUGUGUUUUCUGGAGGAUGUUUCAAGUUUUUGUUUGGCCCAUCCUGCUCUGGGCUGUGACAGAGACAGGUGAAACUCUGCUCCCUGAGAAGGUCAUUGAGGGAAUAGAGCACCAAAACAUCUCCCUGAUCUGCCCCUACCCCGCCGAUGCCAGCGGAGCCAAGUCCCUGUACAUUGAGCUGAUGAAUGUGACGUCCAUGAAGAUUAUUUACAGGUUUGACAGCAGACGAGUUGAGGAUCAAACCUACAUGGAUGAAUCCUACGAAGGUCGACUGGUCUGGGGCCGAGAACUCGCCAAGAAUGGACAAAUCCAGUUCCUUCUGAUGGACGUGAGACUCAACGACACAGGAAAAUACCUGUGUGUGGUGGUUGCUGAUGGAAAAAGCAACUCCACAACAUUCUACCUCAAUGUUACAGGCUCUGGGAAGAAAUUAAGUAUUGUGGCAGACGUUAAAACGUUUGAAUCCACCCGGCUGCAGACAUCUGGAUCUGUGGUAAAGUCUUUAGCUGAUGCAGAUGCUGAUGAAGAGGUGGAUGAAGAUGCUGAUGAAGAGGUGGAUGAAACACCAGAUGAAGCUGAGGAGGCAGCAGGUGGAGACAGUUCAUAUGUUCUUGGAGGAAGUUCCUAA